AACAGUUGCUCUUCAUCACAGCAUUGAUCCUUCUCUCUUUCUCUCUCUCUCCUCUCUCUCUCUCUCUCUCUCUCUCUCUAUAUACCACCCCAUCACACUAUGCACAGAAGCUGUUCACAAAAAAAAUAAAUAAAGGAAACCCAUUCCGUAGUUUGCAACCAAAGCCCUUCCUUUUCUUCUUCUUGAGUUCUCUCUCUCUCUCUCUCCUCUCUCUCUCUCUCUCUGUCUCUUCCAUAACGCACACUCUCUCUCUAGCUUGGUUACUUAAUGAGACCAUGAGGUGAAUUGGGUUUGUUUCAUUUUUAAUGAAAUUUGGGUGGGCAAUGGAUAGAGAGAGAAAGGGCUAGAGUGUGUGUGUGUGUGUGUGAUCUCUUGUUCUUGCUCUUUUACUAGUGGUCUUGGUUUUCUUGGAUCUUUUUCCCUUUGAUACAUUAUCAAAAAGAGAUCUUUUCUUCUUGUUUUGGGACAAAAAAAAAGGAUUUUUUAAAAAAAACUUUUGAUCUAUAUAAAAAAGAGAGAAAGGGGGCAUUUUGUAAUUUUGUAAUAGUAGGGGCCGUGAUGGGUGAAAAUGGGAAAAGGCAUUCUAAUCUCGAAAGCUUCCUCGCAUGUGUAACACCCUCCGUGUCAACGUAUUCUCUCCCCAAGGCAUGUUUUCGAGAUACAAGUAGCCUCUGGGAAUCAGAAGGGAAAGAGUUGAUAGAGUGCUUCAACCUCGAGGAUCUAUGGGAAUUAUAUGCCGAGUGCAGCGCCUACGGCCUCGGCGUCCCAAUUGUCCUAAACAAUGGCGAGACCGCAGUCCAAUAUUUUACUCCAUCGUUAUCCGCCGUUCAGAUUUAUACCAACAAAUCUCCGACUUUAUCUAGAUAUGGGCCUGAGGAGAGUGAGACCGAUUCCUGGAGCGACGACAGCACAAGCGAGAGGCUUUCUAGGUCGUGGGAUGCGGUUUCCGAUGAUUCGGCUUACGACCUCGAUAGUUCGUUACCGCCAAGGGAACGCCACUUAUACUUUGAAUUUUCGGAGCAUCUUCCUCCUUAUUCGCGGGUUCCAUUUAUGGGCAAGGUGCACGAACUCGCGCGGGAUCAUCCAGGUUUGACAACAUUCAAGAGCGUCGAACUUUCACCUGCGAGCUGGAUGUCCAUCGCGUGGUACCCCAUAUACGCUAUUCCUGGUCAUGGAAAUUCGAAGGAUCUCGACACGUGCUUCCUAACUUAUCAUAAUCUCUCCUCUAUACUCCAAGACGAUGCAGGUUGCGUCGCGAAAGGAAGCACUAGUCGAGGCGGUUUAGCUUAUCUAGGUGGAAGCGAAAUGAAUCGGAACAAGAGGAUCACCCUGUCUCCUUUCGGGCUCGCGACUUAUAAAAUGCAAGGGGACAUAUGGAGGAAUCCGGGAACUUCCGAUGCUCAAAGGAUCACCGCUCUCCGCAACGCUGCGGAUUCUUGGUUGACACAAUUGGGUGCAGUACACCCUGACUUCAACUUCUUCAGAAACAACUUCAGAUUUCAUUAAAUGAAACAAGCUCCAAAUUCCCUCAUUUGCAUUUUGUUGAGAAGCUGAGUAUCAAGGGUUCCUAUGAGACUAAAUCUUUUUCAUUUUCUUUUUUUCCUUUCCCUCUAUCUUGGUAUUUUGUUGCUUUGUACAUUACUUCAGAUUAAAGUUACCAGUAAUGCUUGUAGUCUGGGCCACUUUGGGAACAUGUUAGAACAUGUGUAUACAAGAUUGUACCUAAUAAUAUCACUC